UAAGUUUGACGAGAAAAGCAACGACUCCGUCUCAAAAGGAAGAAGAAGAAGGCAGGAAAAGAAAUUAAUGCAAACGCAAAAUGUGUGUUUUGUCUGUUUAAAUAGCAAAAAAAUUGUAACCAUAUCGAUGAGCUGAAGCGAAAAUUUAAUAAAUAAGCAAGUUGAGUUAAGUGAAAAUGCGAGAAAGGUUCGCGUCAAGUGAUUAAACGAUUGUAUUGAAGAGAGGCGAGCGAGAGAGAGAAGUAGAUGAUGAAAAUUGAUAUAUUUUACGCGAAAUUGCGCGGAAACUACGUCACCUAAAUGAUUUGCUUAUAGAAAAUUAAAAACAAAAUAGCAUCGAAUCGAUUCGUGAUUCAUUACAAACAUAGUGUGCAUAAUUGUGGUGAUGAUAGAACCUGGUGAUGAUAGAUUUUGUUGUUUGUGAUUCGAUCCUCAACUGAUUGCAACCACCAGAGAGUCAACAAGUGUGAAUUUUCUCGAAUAAAUAAUAUAUCCCCAGUGUUAUUACACACACACACUGCUUACAAGGUGCAAUAAAGUGGUGCGUCAUGUCCGGAUAAAUUUAGUUGCAAAAAGAUGAAAGACAAGUUCACAAGUGAUCGAAAUAAAACGCAUCUAAAUUUGGAAGUUAUAAAUGAUUUGGACGAAACAAAGAAUUGAAUACACCGAACAUCAACACUGCGAUAAAUCAAUCAAUCAAUCAAAAACAAAUUCAGUUGAUCAUUUCAAAAGACCGAAGAAAAGUAUUUAAAAGUUUUUUGGACAUUUCAUACCGUUGAACUAGUAUUUAUAAAAGAAAAAGAAGAAGAAGAAGAAGAAAAGUAAAUAUGCCGAACGUACUAUUAGAUCGAAUUUCGUUGCCGAAUCUGCGGCUGUAUACGUCAGUGAGUGUGGUGCUAGUUAGUUGCUGUUUAUAUUAUGCCAUAAGUGCAACGAGUGAUCCAUUUUGGCGGUUGGACAACAAUACAACCGCAUCCGAUUCGUUUUUCUCAUUGAACACGGAUAACAAUCAUCAAGUUGCCGAACAUAUUGCAGUCAAUGGUCCGGAUCUCAGCAGCAUUUUGACAGAUAAAAAAGAGACAGACGGAAGCAUUUUAACCGGUUGGAAUGGCAUGGUUGAUCAUCAUGUGCAGCAACAAUCUUCGACACCGUCACCACCACACCAACAUCAAGUGGUCAACCAAAUUUUUUCCCAAUUCACUGCCGAUCAACGAAAACUGUUCAAUGACACCAGAACCAUUGGCACCAAAUUCAAAGACGUCGUAUCGUUCAUGGUGCAAGAACCAAUAUGUGUCUGGACCGUGAUAAAUGCUGCAUACUGCUGUCUGAUCCUGUUGGGUAAAUCGAUUCAGAAAUUAGUGUUUGGCGAACUUCGCAUCUCAGAGCAACAACACUUGAAAGACAAAUUCUGGAACUUUGUAUUCUAUAAAUUCAUUUUUGUCUUUGGUGUAGUCAACGUUCAAUUUUUGCAUGAGGUUGUACUGUGGGUGUCAUGGUUCUCGAUACUCGGAUUUCUGCAUUUAAUUUCUCAAUUGUGCAAAGAACGUUUCGAAUAUCUCUCGUUUUCACCGACGACACCAGGAUGGUCGCAUUUCCGGCUCGUUGCAUUGCUGUCAACGAUCCUGAUCUUGUCCGGCUUUAUGUUCAUCGUCUGUGUCGGUGUUGGAUUUUUCGGCGGACUCAAUACAUUUGCCUUCAUGGCGGCUGAGUGUGUUAUGUUGACUAUCAGGACACUGCACGUUCUCAUUCGAUAUGGUAUAUUUUUGUAUGACAUGCGCCAAAGUACCGUUUCAUCUGAAGGUGUUUCAUGGGAUAAACGUGGACCAGUUGCCUAUUACGUUGAAUUGGGCUUCGAAGUCAGCACAUUGCUUAUCGAUCUCUUGCAUCAUAUCCAUAUGCUGAUUUGGAGCAAUAUUUUCCUCUCAAUGGCCAGCCUAGUAAUCGUCAUGCAACUACGCUAUUUGAUCCAUGAAAUUCAACGUAAAGUGAAAAAGCAUCGUAACUAUUUGUGGGUGUUGAAUCACAUGGAAAAGACUUAUCCAUUGGCAACUGCCGAAGAUCUGUCACACAACUCCGAUAAUUGUGCCAUUUGUUGGGAGAAAAUGGAUACUGCUCGCAAACUUCCAUGUUCACAUUUAUUUCACAAUUCAUGUUUACAAUCGUGGUUAGAACAAGACACGAGCUGUCCAACGUGUCGAUUGGGAUUGAGUGUUCAGAAUGCGGCCAGCAUCCAUCCAGAUAUUGAGCGGAUCAUCGACGAACAAGAAAACACAACCAGAGCCAACAACCACUUCUUUCAUUUCAAUGGUUCGCGCUAUGUUUCGUGGUUGCCAAAUUUCUCCGUUGAGGUCACACACAUAAAUAACGUGUUGAGAGCAAAUCCAGUGAUGCCAUCAAAUGGCAUUACCACGCAUACAUCACAGCUGCGAAAUAUGGCUCGUCAAGUGCAGCAAAUGUUUCCGCGUUACCCAUUGUCAACCAUUAUCUCCGAUCUGCAAUUGUCGCGAUCGAUGGAAAUUACCAUUGACAAUAUUCUCGAAGGUCGACUCCUUGUGCCAGGCGGUCGAUUCGAUUUCGAAGAAGACAGUCCAUUCGGUGACUUUACAACCACCACAAAUGACCAACCACACACCGACGAAUUGUCUCGGCAUUCAUCCGAAACGGAUUCAACUAGCAAUAAUAGUAGUAGUAAUAGCACAACAAAUUCAAUUUCUAGUACGAAUAGUUCCUUAAAUCUGGCCGACAUCGGCUAUGAAAUAGAACGAAGUACAAAUAUAUUCGGAAAUCACAAUGAUCUUCUGCGAGACGAAAGUGGCAAUGAGGAAUUAUCGUUGGGCGAUCGAUUUUCAAAGAGUCACUCCGAACGUGAGAAAAUUCUGCAGCAGCGUAAAGAAUCAAUGUUAGCUCUAGCUCGAAAAAGAUAUUUAGAGAAAAACAAAAAGGAACUGAGUGCUGAACCAAGCAAUCGAAAUGAAAAUGUCUUAGCUUAAUGAGAGUGAUCUUGGGAACAUGACGAAAAGCGUAUGGGUUUUCAUUGGUUUAUUCUGUUCACGAAUAGAACUGCAAUUUUACUGUUGCUCUGUUUGUGGUAAAUUAAUCAAUUGGAUCUGGAUCAACCAACCAACACAUCAAUAAAUGCGUCAUCGGUAGUAAGCAAAUAAGCAACUUUACCAUGAGCUUUCAAAUGGAUGACAAUCGCUUUGAAUGUCAACACAUUUUUUUCUAAGAGACUUGAACGAAAGCUACAAUUUAAAUUUAAUUAAAUAUUUGCACUCAAAUGAACUCUAAGGAUGGCAAAGACAACAAGAAAAAAAAGAAACAUUGAGUCAAUGCUGGCCGAAUGGCACGGAAUUGAACAUUUAACGGUGUAAUGGUUUCAUUCGAAUAUGCAACGGCACGUUAAAUCGAUAGAUCCAUUCAUUUAUGUAAAAGAUAUACGAAAACGGAAAAUAUUAUUGAUAUGUAUGUUGAACCAAAAUUUGCUAUUGGUGAUAUUUCGAUUGAGAACAAGAAAAACAACACGGUGCUACAGACCGAAUUGCUGAUGUUAGUAUACAAUUUUAUAAAAUUGAAUGCAGACAACCGAUCAAAUGUUGCCUAAAUGUUUCUGUUCCUACUAUUAUUAUUUUUUCCAUCGAAUUCUGACUAAACGCGUGCUUCUGUUGUUCACAACAGAACGCACACAGAGCGUCACAUUAAUUUUAAUUUGAUAAAUCGAUGUUAGUCAAUGCAACAACAAUAAUAACGACUAUUGCUAUGUAUAAACGAUGACAGACAGGCAAACAAGAAUAUUGUACUUAAAACAAGAACCAGCCAAUUGAGAAUUUUACCAAUCUUAGAAUUUAGUCGUUGUUAAUUUGAAAACAAAUAUGAAACCGUUCUAGUUGCUAUUGAUCCCAUAUCCAAAACGGAAAAAAAUCUGACUUAUUUCAUUGAACAUCAUAAUAAUCAGAACGUUCAUUUGGCAUUGAUAACUCAAUAUGUUGCUGAGACGAGUCAUAUUUGAGUAGAUUGAAGCGAAAAUGUAAUACGGAAAAAUUGCGCGGAAAAAUGUCAAAUGAAAAGGAGAUAGCUAUAUAGUUCAUUAUAGAUUAUUAUACAGUAUACUAUAUAGAUAUCCCUUUUCCGCUCAUUCAUCAUCGACAUUUUUCCGCGCAACUUUUCUGUAUUACAUUUUCGCUCCAAACUACUCAUUUGGUCGUUGAAUUGAAAGAAAGGGGAAAUUUAAAAAAAAAAACGAACAUCGAAUCGUUAUGUGAUUGAAUAUUUAAUUUUAGUCGAGUAGUAAAAACAAUUUCUUCCCCUUUUCUCCUCUCCCCGUCGCACUGCUCGCUUGUAAAGUCACUUUGUUUUUAGUUAAAAAGAGAAUAUUUUACCUAUGACUAUAUGGGGAAAAUAAAAUCAGAGAUUUGUUUUUGUUCGUUCCAACGACCGAUGUCUGCUGAAGAUCUUCGAGAAAAUCCAAUUGAUUGAUGUAUUUUCAUUCAUAUUGUUCACACAUAUUUAUCAUUUUGAGAUAUUUUUAUUGUGCAUAGCCAUUUAAGUGAUUAUAUUUAUAAAGUAAUUCAAUAAUUUAAAAAAAAACCUGAAAAAUAAACAAACUGAAAAAAAAAAAAUCAAUAAAAAUGUUAGUCAACAAAUUGUGA